AUGGAUGAACCAAAUAAAAAAACUCUUUGUUCAAUAAAGAAUGUCACACGUGAAUCAAGAGGAACAGAUAAAAUUAAAGCCAAUGGAAUAUUUUCUUUUAAACAAAAUGAAUAUGGAGUAUUUUUGUGUUGGAAGACUUCUGAUACAGGAAUUAAAUUGGAUAAAGAAAUUUUUCUUGAUUCAGAAGAAGACACUACUGAAAAAGUUAUAAUGGAAGAUUUUACAUUAGAUAUUUGUGACAUCAAGAGUUAUUAUAUGAUUGAAUCAAAAAAGGGUACAACACCAAAUAAUAGUACAAUUAUACAAUUUAUAUGUAAAGAUGGUUCUAGUAGCGAUAAAUUUUAUUUUUAUCCAUUGGAUACACCAACAUUUACUUUAAACAUGCAACAACAUUGCACAAUUCAACGUUCUGCUAAAGAGAGAAAUCUUGUUCUUGUUAUGGGAAAAGAAGAAGCUGCUUUACGAGAAAGUGUUAAAUUACUAAAUCUUCAUGGUGAUUUUAUGUCACGAAUGAUUCAGAAUCCUUAUGCAACAUCUUUGACUGCUCUUGGUAAGGUUAAAAAUUUUGUUGAAAAUCAACUUAUUAAUGGACUAUUGGAUAAUGAUGCUGUAUCUGCUGAAGAAUCUAUGAGACAAAUUGAAAACCUUCGUGUUUCUGAAGAUGCUGAAUCUGUUGUUAACAGUCUUAGAUCACAUGAUGACCAAGGAUUUGAAUUAAUUACUCAUAUUGAAUUACCCAAAAAAAUUGAAUUUUAUCGUGAAAAACCAAUUACAAAAGCAAUAUGGAAUAGCUUUAAGGAUCCAGAAGGCCGCAUUAAACAAAAAGAUAAUGCUUUACAAGCUAUCUUUCGUGGUGGACUUGAACCAGAAAUUCGUAAAGAAGUUUGGAAAUAUUUAUUGAAAUAUAAUAAAUGGCAUUUAACUACAAGUGAAAAUAAAACUCAUCGUAAAAAAUUAGAAGAAGAAUAUUAUAAAAUGAAAAUGAUUUGGAUGUCAAUGAGUGAUGAUAUUAUGAGUCGUUUUUCAUUAUUUAAUGAACAUCGUAAUUUAAUUGAAAAAGACGUUAUCAGAACAGAUCGUUCUCAUCCAUUCUUUCAAAAUGGAAAACACGAUUAUCUUCAAUUGAUGACUGAUAUUUUGACAACUUCUGUUAUUUAUAAUUUUGAUCUUGGUUAUGUUCAAGGAAUGAGUGAUUACUUAGCCGUUUUACUUGUCAUUAUGGAAGAUGAAGUUGACACAUUUUGGUGUUUUGUUGGUUUAAUGGAAAGAGUUCACAAAAACUUUGAUAUGGAUCAAAUAUUUAUUCGCAACAAGUUAACUCAAUUACGUGAUUUAUUAAUGAUAAUUAAUCCAAAAUUUGUUCGUUAUCUUGAAAGUCAUGAAUCAGGACAUAUGUUUUUCUGUUUUCGAUGGGUACUUGUUGAGUUUAAGAGAGAAUUUUCAUUUACAGAUAUUAUGAGAUUAUGGGAAGUUUUAUGGACAGAUGUACCAUGUGAAAACUAUUUACUUCUUUUCUGCUUAGCUGUUUUAGAUAGGCAAGCUAAUAUUAUUAUGAAUAACAAUUUUGGUUUAACAGAAACAUUGAAACACGUUAAUAAUUUAUCUAUGACAAUUAAUCUUGAUGAAAUGCUUACAGAAGCUGAAAGUCUUUAUCAUCAAUUAGCAAUUUUGCAAGAUAAAUUACCUACAAAAAUUCGUGAAAUUUUGGGAUUUAACAGUCAAAUGGCUAAGAAAAAAAUAAUUUAUGAAACAAUUCCAAGAAGAACCGUCAUGACAAGGUCUAUUAUUAAGAAGGAACAAAAUGAUAAUAUUGAGGUUGUCAAACUUAUAAAGUCCUUAGAAAGAAAAAAAAUUAAUAUGACAAUUUCAACUGAUUUUAAUGAAAUAGAAAAACAAUUAAAGAAUGUAGGGCAAGAAAAAUACUGUCAAAAAGUAGCUGAAAUUAUUAAUAUACAAAAAAAUAUUUAUGAAGAAAUUUUAAGAAAUACUAAGAAAAUUCAUAAUUCUACAGUUAAUAGCAAUAAAAAAAAUUCAAAAAAUAAAAUUAAUGAAAUUUACAAUGACUGUAAGUAUAUCUCUAUCAAUGAGAGUCCUGCUAAUAAUAUUAAAGAAAAAAAACUUGAAGUAAGUAUUUCUAUUAAAGAAAUUGAUAAAAAUAUUGACAACAAGAAAGAAAAUAAAAAAAAUAAAAAAGUUUCUAUAAUUGAUUCACCUAAGGAAGAAAUUAAAAAUGGACAAAAUAAAGAAAAAUAUAUUCUUUUAUCAGGUGAUGAAAAAUAUAACACCAUUCAGGAGUUAAUAAAUGAUGCAAAAAUAAGAAAGAAGAUGAACGAUUUAAACAAAAAGUUUAAUUAA